AUGUAUCGAACAUCUGAUAUUGCAAACUCUCUAAAAAUUCAUGAACGUGAGAAUGUGGCGUUCGGUUUCCGAUCAAACAAGUCCAAUCUCCGGGUAAGGAUGAGCCAACCCACCGCUCCCGCCGAGAGCAUCCGAGAGGCGCAGCAAAAGCUGAAGGAAGAGCGUGAGGCAAAGCGUGCCCAGCUGGACGGCAGGCACGACUACGUGCUCGGCGUCGUGGCCGCGUGCACCGGGCUGGAGAAAGCAGAGGUGGAAGAUGCCGUUUUGGAGGGCACCCAGAUCGAGCGGAUGGAGCAGUUCUUUGCUACUGGGGGCCUCCCGCACCUCAUGUUUUACUAUCAAGACACAGAAUCCACAGAGGCAGCUGUCGCGUCCUCUGUGAUUCGGGGCAAGAAGGCGAGAGUCUUUGUGACCGAGGGCUCUGACGUUGCUCUGACUCACAUGUGUGUGUUCUUCACGCGGGCAAACACCUCCAAGGCUGUCACUACGGAGAACGUCCACAGAGACGUGAGCUUCAACAUGCUGGACCCGACCGGUGUGGGUCUACUGAAGAGUGUGGAGCAGCUGCUGGGAGAGAUCUUCAUCCCAACACUGAAGAAGACGAGCCACGGAUGGGGAGAGGUGACCAACCCUCAGGCACAGAGUGUCAAGCAGGAAUUCAUCAGCUCUCUGGAGAACUUUGUGGCUGUUCUGGCCGGAGCACAGGAGAGCCUGGAGGAGAAGGUAAACCUCAAAGAGUGUGACGCAUUUGAUCUGAAAACACUGAAAGGUCCCUCGGACUACACGGCCGUGGCCAACAGCGCUGAAACCCUGGAGAAGAUCGAAGCCUGCAUGAAGGUCUGGAUCAAGCAGAUCGAACAGGUCCUGGCAGAGAAUGAGCAGCUAAGGAAGGAGGCUGACAACUUGGGCCCCCGAGCGGAGCUGGACCACUGGAAGAAGCGAAUGUCCCGCUUCAACUACCUCCUGGAGCAGCUCAAGAGCCCUGACAUGAAAGCUGUACUGGGGGUCCUCAUGAUGGCUAAAUCCAAACUCAUCAAGGUUUGGAGAGAAUUGGACAUUAGGAUCACGGACUCGGCAAACGAGGCCAAGGACAAUGUGAAGUACCUCUACACACUCGAGAGGUUCUGUGACCCUCUCUACAACAGCGAUCCUGUGUCGAUGGUAGAAGCCCUUCCUGGACUCAUAAAUGCCGUGCGCAUGAUCAACAGCAUCUCCCGUUAUUACAACACCUCGGAGAAAAUCACCUCUCUGUUUGUCAAAGUCACAAAUCAAAUGAUAACAGCCUGCAAAGCCUACAUUACCAAAAAUGGUUCAGCCACAAUAUGGGACCAGCCUCAGGAUGUGGUAGCGGAGAAGCUCAGAGCAGCCAUUCGUUUAAACCAGGAAUACCAGAAAUAUUUCCACCAAACAAAGCAGAAGCUGGAGCAGAGUCCCUCGGAACGGCAGUUCGACUUCAGCGAGAUGUACAUCUUCGGCAAGUUUGACACAUUCCAGAGACGCCUCAGUAAAAUCCUCGCCAUGUUCAGCACCAUCAACACAUAUUCCACCCUGCAAGACUCCAAAAUCGAGGGCCUAGAAACCAUGGCAACCAGAUUUCAGACCGUGGACAUGCAAGGAAAAUGGGAGGCUAUUGUGUUGACGAUGAAAAGGAAGCAGUACAACUUCCUGGACCAGAGGAAGACCGACUUUGAUCAGGACUACGAGGAGUUUUGUAAACAGACAGCUGAACUGCAUAAUCAGCUCAGAACCUUCAUGGACAACACAUUUGACAAAAUUCAGAGCACGGAGAGAGCUUUGAAUGUUCUUAAGAAAUUUGAAAGACUCUGCAUCCCAGACCUGGGCAUCAGUGAAAAGUAUCAGAAGAUCUUGCAGAACUAUGGUCGUGACAUCGAAAUGGUGUCGCGCAUCUACUCCAAGCAGAAGAUAGAUACGCCCGUUGCCCGAGACCUCCCACCCAUUGCAGGGAGGAUCCUCUGGGCCCGGCAGCUGUACCGACGAAUCCAGGAUCCCAUGCAACUUAUCCAGGAACAUCGGGGCAUCCUUAACACUCCUGAGGCCAAGCACAUCAUACGCAACUACAACCGAGUGGCCAAAGUGCUUCUGGAGUUCGAGGUGCUAUACCACCGAGGCUGGAUGUCACAGAUCGAGAUGGCAAGAAUUGGUCUCCAAGCCUCUCUGCUGGUCAAGUGUCCAGACACCAUGGAGCUAUACGUCAACUUUGACCCCCAGAUCCUGACUCAGAUCCGCGAGACGGAGUGCAUGAGCCGGAUGGGUCUGGAGAUUCCGCCGUUUGCCGCUGUCUUGAGGCAGAAGCAGGAGCUGCUCAAAAAGAACUACAACAAACUUCAGAUGGCACUGUCGGAGAACACCAGGGUGCGGGCAAAGAUCCAGCCUGCUUUCGAGUCGCUCCUCGCCCCGCACGUGGCCAGAGUGGACGAGGCCAUUCUGCCAGGUCUCACCUCCCUCAGCUGGGCCUCUCUGAACAUCGACAAGUACCUCAGCCACAUCAGCACCGCACUGGGGGAUCUGGAGCUGCUCUUGGACCGGGCCAAUGACCUGGUGCAGUUCCGGAUCGACGCUGUCCUGCACGAGAUGAGCAGCACCGUGCUGUGCACUCUGCCCGAGGACGAGCCUGCCACAUGCGAGGAAUUUGUGCAGACCACCAAGGAGCUCUGCAUUAAGGGGGCGCAGCUGCUGCACAUGAAGAGCUCCCUGGUUGAGGAGGCGGCCAACGAGCUGAUCAACAUGCUGCUGGAUUCCGAGCAGAAGGAGGAGGAGAGCGAGAUGGAACGCGGGAGCGCAGCUGAGAGCAGGGCAGAGGACCGCGACGGAGAGGAUGAGAACAGAUCAGAGGGCCGAGUGUUUUCUCGUAACACCCUGGCACCCAGCAUUGGGCCUUUGUCUCCGCUGGCGAGGAAGAGGAAGAAGAGGGAUAUGUCGGAGGUGAUGGAGGAAGAGGCCAAGGAGCUGCUGUCGUACUUCAAUCACCGGAACAUAGAUGCGCUACUGCGCCUGACCCGCAACACGCUGGAGGCCCUGCGCAGGCGCAUCCACGCCUCCUCGCUCAUGCACUUCCUGGCAGAGGCCGACUCUCCCAACAGGCAAAAGGGCAGCAGUCAGCAGCCCAUCUUCAGAGCUGGAGUGUGUCUGUCCAUCCCCAACGUCAUUGUGGUUCCAGGGCUGGACGAGGUCCAGCAAGCCCUGAACAAAGCUGUGGAGUGUGUCGUCAGUGUCAGCAAGGGAGUUGGUCAGUGGAGCAAAGAGAGAAUCUCUAAGAGGAAGAUGAGUGAGAGGCGCCUGGCGACGCUGAGGCAGGAUGGCACAGACAGCGACUCGGAGGAGAGCCAGACCACGCACCGCAGUUUCGCCGAUAGCAGCAGUUCUGACAUCUCGGCUUCAGCAAACCAGGCCAUUCCACUCCAAGUCAAGAACUAUUACAAAAGCGUCUCGGAGAACAAGGAGAUCGUCAAGCUGGUGUCUGUGCUUAGCACCUCCAUCAACUCCACAAAGAAGGAGAUGGUGAGCACCCUGGACCGCUUCAACCGAUACCAACACAUCUGGAGGAAGGACCGGGAGAGUGCCAUCCGCAGGCUCACCCAGCGAAAUGCUCUGCUGUCAGAAUUCGAGUCUCAGAUCCUGUACUACCGGGACCUGGAGUGUGAGAUCAAUGCCGAGCCUGAGUUUAUCACUGUGGGAGCCCUGGCACUCUAUACUGCCGACCUGAAACUGGCCCUUACUGCUGAGACUAAGAGCUGGAUGGUGGACUUCGGUCAUCACUGCAACAGAAAGUACCGCACUGAGAUGGAGCAGAUCUUUACAUUUGUGGAUGAGGCAAGCAAGAAGCUGAACCGGCAGAUCAAAGACCUGGAUGACAUUCGUGUUGCCAUGGCAGCACUCAAAGAGAUCAAGGAACAUCAGAUCGCCAUAGACUUCCAAGUGGUGCCCAUUGAGGAGUCCUACGCCAUGCUGCAUAAGUUCGAGCUCUUGGUGGCCAAAGAAGAGAUGGAGAAGGUUGACACGCUGCGCUAUGCAUGGGAGAAGCUUCUAGUGCGCAGCAUUGAAGUGCAAAAUGAGCUUAUCUCCCUGCAGCCCAACUUCAGGGGGGAACUGAUCGCAAACGUGCGAACCUUUGUGGACGACUGCAAGCACUUCUACCAGGACUAUGAGAAGGAUGGUCCGAUGGUGCUUGGCCUGGCUCCACAGGAUGCAAGUGACAGACUCAUUAUGUUUCAGAACCGUUUCGAUAACCUCUACCGCAAAUACAUCACCUUCACCGGGGGAGAGGAGCUCUUCGGUCUGCCUGUUACCCAGCAUCCUCAGCUGUUGGAGAUCCGGAAGCAGCUUUCUCUGCUCCAGAAGCUCUACGGCCUCUACAACAACGUCAUAGAUACCGUCAACAGCUAUUACGACAUCCUCUGGGCUGACGUCCACAUUGAAAGAAUCAACAAUGAACUCGUGGACUUCCAGACCCGGUGCCGCAAGCUGCCCCGCGCCCUGAAAGAAUGGCAGGCCUUUUUGGAUCUGAAAAAAACCAUUGAUGAGUUCAGUGAGUGCUGCCCCCUACUGGAGCUGAUGGCCAACCGGGCCAUGAUGACACGGCACUGGAAGAGGAUCACUGAGGUCACAGGCCACACCUUCGAGGUGGAGACGGACACCUUCAAGCUGCGCAACAUCAUGGAGGCUCCGCUCCUCAAGUACAAAGAGGAAAUUGAAGACAUCUGUAUUAGUGCCGUGAAAGAGCGAGACAUCGAGCAGAAGCUAAAGCAAGUGAUGGCCGAGUGGGACAACAAGACCUUCACCUUUGCCCAGUUCAAAACCCGUGGUGAACUGCUGCUGCGUGGAGACAGCACCUCUGAGAUCACCAGCAACAUGGAGGACAGCCUCAUGGUCCUAAGCUCUCUAAUGAGCAACAGGUAUAACACCCCAUUCAAGGCUCAGAUCCAGAAGUGGGGUCCAAAAUUUCCCAACACCACAGACAUCAUUGAGAACUGGAUGACUGUGCAGAAUCUCUGGCUCUACCUGGAGGCAGUGUUUGUAGGUGGAGACAUAGCCAAACAGCUUCCUAAGGAGGCUAAGCGCUUCUACAUCGAUAAGUCCUUGAAGAUCAUGACCCGGGCCCACGAGAUGCCCAAUGUAAUACAGUCCUGUGUGGGGGAUGAGACCAUGGGUCAGCUCUUGCCUCAUAUUCUUGAGCAGCUAGAGAUUUGCCAGAAAUCUCUCACUGGGUACCUGGAGAAGAAGCGGCUACUCUUCCCGCGUUUCUUCUUCGUGUCGGAUCCAGCUCUGCUGGAGAUCCUGGGUCAGGCAUCUGACUCUCACACCAUCCAGGCUCAUCUGCUCAACGUCUUUGACAAUAUCAAAUCCGUUCGUUUUCAUGACAAGAUGUAUGACCGAAUCCUAUCCAUAUCAUCACGUGAGGGGGAAACUGUGGACUUGGACAAGCCAGUGACAGCUGAGGGCAACGUGGAGGUGUGGCUCAACGCCCUCCUGAAGGAGUCCCAGAGGUCUUUGCAUCUCAUCAUUCGUCAGGCAGCCAUGGCCAUUCAAGACUCUACCUUCCAGCUUAUUGACUUCCUGGAGUCCUUCCCUGCGCAGGUAGGUUUGCUGGGCAUCCAGAUGAUCUGGACGAGGGACUCAGAAGAGGCCUUAACCAAUGCUCGGUUUGACCGCAAAAUCAUGACCAAAACCAACCAGUCUUUUCUGGAGCUCCUCAAUACCCUCAUUGACAUGACCACAAAGGACCUGGACACAGUGGAACGUACCAAAUACGAAACACUAAUCACCAUUCAUGUGCAUCAGAGGGACAUCUUUGAUGACUUGUGUCGUUUGCACGUAAAAAGCCCUGCCGACUUCGAAUGGCUGAAGCAGUGUCGAUUCUACUUCAAUGAGGACUCGGACAAGCUGUUGAUCAACAUCACGGAUGUGGGCUUCGUGUACCAAAAUGAAUUCCUCGGCUGCACCGAUAGACUGGUUAUCACGCCGCUCACAGGCAGGUGCUACAUUACCUUGGCCCAGGCUCUGGGCAUGAGCAUGGGGGGUGCUCCAGCAGGGCCAGCUGGAACAGGAAAGACUGAGACCACCAAAGACAUGGGCCGCUGUCUGGGAAAGUACGUGGUUGUCUUCAACUGCUCGGACCAGAUGGAUUUCCGAGGCCUGGGACGAAUAUUUAAAGGCCUCGCUCAGUCGGGCUCCUGGGGUUGUUUCGACGAGUUCAACCGCAUCGACCUCCCCGUGCUGUCUGUGGCCCGCACAGCAGAUCGCCACCCGGUGCUGACCUGCAAGAAGGAACGCCGCAAGACCUUCGUCUUCACCGACGGAGACUCCGUGGAGAUGAACCCAGAGUUCGGCAUCUUCCUCACCAUGAACCCUGGAUAUGCCGGCCGUCAAGAGCUUCCAGAGAACCUCAAGAUCAACUUCCGCUCUGUGGCCAUGAUGGUUCCCGACCGGCAGAUCAUCAUCCGUGUCAAGCUGGCCAGCUGUGGCUUUAUCGAUAACAUUGAACUCGCCAGGAAGUUCUUCACCCUCUACAAGCUUUGUGAGGAACAGCUCUCCAAGCAGGUUCACUACGACUUUGGCCUGAGGAACAUCCUGUCUGUCCUGCGAACGCUCGGCGCCGCCAAGCGAGCCAAUCCCAGUGACACGGAGUCCACCAUCGUCAUGAGGGUUCUCCGGGACAUGAACCUGUCCAAACUCAUUGACGAGGACGAGCCACUCUUCCUCAGCUUGAUCGAAGACCUGUUCCCUGGAAUCCAGCUGGACAAGGCCGGAUACCCCCAGCUGGAGGCUGCCAUAGACGCACAAGUCACAGAGGCUGGACUGAUCAACCAUCCUCCUUGGAGGCUGAAGGUGAUCCAGCUUUUUGAGACCCAGAGAGUGCGCCAUGGAAUGAUGGCACUAGGACCCAGUGGAUCAGGGAAGAGCACCUGUAUCCACAUCCUCAUGAAGGCCAUGACUGACUGUGGGCAGCCUCAUCGAGAGAUGCGAAUGAACCCAAGUCCAUUACAGCGCCCCCAGAUGUUCGGCAGGCUUGAUGUAGCAACCAAUGACUGGACUGAUGGCAUAUUCUCCACUCUGAGAAAGACCCUGAGGGCUAAAAAAGGAGAACACAUCUGGAUCGUGCUGGAUGGCCCGGUGGAUGCCAUAUGGAUCGAGAACCUCAACUCUGUGCUGGACGACAACCGCACGCUGACACUGGCCAAUGGCGACCGCAUUCCCAUGGCCCCCAGCUGCAAGGUCGUCUUCGAGCCGCACAACAUCGACAACGCCUCCCCCGCCACGGUCUCCCGGAAUGGCAUGGUCUUCAUGAGCUCCUCCGUACUCAGCUGGAGUCCCAUUCUGGAGGGCUGGCUGAUGACUCGCCCCGCCCAGGAGGCGGAGCUACUGCGGGAUCUCUUCACGCACUCUUUCCCCGAGCUCUACCGCUUCAGUGUCCAGUCCCUGGACCAUAGGAUGGCCGUGCUGGAGGCCUUCGUCAUCGUGCAGUCCACCACCAUGCUGCAGGGGCUGAUCCAACCCAAGGAGCAAGGCGGAGAGGUGUCCCCCGAUCAUUUGGAGCGCCUGUAUGGUUUUGCCCUCAUGUGGAGCAUCGGGGCCCUCCUGGAGCUCGACGAUCGAAAGAAGAUGGAGAGCUGGCUCCGUCGCCAUGACAACAUCCAUCUGGACCUGCCAGACAUCCCGUCCGACAGCGAGGACACCAUGUUCGACUACCAUGUCACCAGUGAUGGUCAGUGGGUUCACUGGAGCUCACGAGUGGAAGAGUACAUUUACCCUACGGACUCCACUCCCGCGUACAGCUCUAUACUGGUGCCCAACGUGGACAACGUACGCACGGAUUUCCUAAUCCAGACCGUUGCCAGGCAGGGCAAGGCCGUGCUCCUGAUAGGAGAGCAGGGCACCGCCAAGACAGUCAUCAUCAAACGCUACCUGUCCAAAUACGACCCAGAAUCCCACGCUGCUAAGAGCCUCAACUUUUCAUCAGCCACCACGCCGCUCAUGUUCCAGCGCUCCGUGGAGAGCUACGUGGACAAGCGGGUGGGAACGACGUAUGGCCCCCCAGCAGGGAAGAAGAUGUCUGUCUUUAUUGAUGACAUCAACAUGCCCGUGAUCAAUGAGUGGGGAGACCAGGUCACGAACGAGAUCGUGCGGCAACUGAUAGAGCAGAAUGGCUUCUACAACCUGGAGAAGCCGGGAGAGUUCACCAACAUCGUGGACAUCCAGUUCCUAGCAGCCAUGAUUCACCCCGGCGGUGGCCGCAAUGACAUUCCCCAAAGGCUGAAGAGACAUUUCUCCAUCUUCAACUGCACACUCCCCUCUAACGCCUCCAUAGACAAGAUCUUUGGAGUGAUAGGUACAGGCCACUACUGCCCGUGCCGUGGCUUUGCGGGGGACGUGCGGGACCUGGUGGUGCGGCUGGUGCCCAUCACCCGCCGCCUCUGGCAGGCGACCAAGGUCAAGAUGCUGCCCACGCCGGCCAACUUCCACUACGUCUUCAACCUGCGGGACAUGUCCCGCAUCUGGCAGGGCAUGCUCGGCGUCACUGCAGAGGUGAUCGACUCGCCUGGCGUGCUGCUCCGUCUGUGGAAGCACGAGUGCAAGCGUGUGAUCGCUGACCGAUUCACGAGCCCGGACGAUGUGGCCUGGUUCGACCGGGCCCUGGCUGACCUGGUGGAGGAGCAGUUGGGGGAGCAAGCCCGGGAGGAGGCGGAGCCCGGAGUGGACGUCUACUUUGUGGACUUCCUCAGGGAUGCUCCUGAAGCCACAGGGGAGGAGCUGGAGAACUGCGUCUUUGACCUGCCCAAAGUGUACGAGCCCAUCGUCUCGUUGGCCAGCCUGCGGGAGAGACUGAACCUGUUCCUGGGCCACUACAACGAGAGCAUCCGGGGAGCUGGCAUGGACAUGGUUUUCUUCACAGAUGCCAUGGUUCAUUUAGUCAAGGUGUCUCGAAUAAUCCGGACUCCCCGGGGGAACGCCCUGCUGGUCGGUGUGGGAGGCUCAGGGAAACAGAGUUUGACGAGACUGGCAUCUUUUAUCGCCGGAUACAAAACCUUCCAGAUCACUCUGACGCGUUCCUACAACACUUCUAACCUGUUGGACGACCUGAAAGGGCUGUAUAAGACAGCAGGACAGCAGGGCAAAGGCGUUACCUUCAUCUUCACCGACAACGAGAUCAAGGAUGAGUCCUUCCUGGAGUAUAUGAACAACGUCCUUUCGUCCGGAGAGGUGUCCUCCUGUUUCGCUCGCGAUGAGAUCGACGAGAUCCUCAGCGACCAUCCGGUCAUGAAGCGGGAGUUCCCGCGGCGGCCGCCCACCAACGAGAGCUUGCACGAGUUCUUCAUGGGCCGGGUGCGGCAGAACCUGCGUGUGCUGUGCUUCUCUCCUGUGGGUGACAAGUUCAGAACCCGCGCCCUCAAGUUCCCUGCCCUCAUCUCGGGCUGCACCAUGGACUGGUUUAGCCGCUGGCCCAAAGACGCCCUCGUCGCAGUCUCGGAGCACUUCCUGUCCACCUACGACGUCGACUGCUCCGCCCAGGUGAAGGCGGAGGUGGUGCAGUGCAUGGGGUCCUUUCAGGACGGCGUGGCAGAGAAGUGCGCCGACUACUUCCGCAGAUACCGCCGCUCUGCCCACGUCACUCCCAAGUCUUACCUGUCCUUCAUCCAGGGCUACAAGGCCAUCUACAAGGAGAAGCGGUCGGAGGUUCAGACCCUGGCCGACCGGAUGAAGACAGGCCUACACAAGCUGAAAGAGGCCUCCGAGUCUGUGGCUGCACUCAGCAAAGAGCUGGAGGUGAAGGAGAAGGAGCUGAAGAUCGCAAACGAGAAAGCCGAUAUGGUGCUUAAGGAGGUCACGGUGAAAGCGCAGGCAGCCGAAAACGUGAAGGUGGAGGUGCAGAAGGUGAAGGACAAAGCCCAGGCCAUCGUGGACAGCAUCUCGGCAGACAAGGCCAUCGCUGAGGAGAAGCUGGAGGCAGCCAGGCCAGCCCUGGAAGAGGCGGAGGCAGCGCUGCAGACGAUCAAGCCGUCGGACAUCGCCACGGUGCGCACGCUGGGCCGACCCCCCCACUUGAUCAUGCGCAUAAUGGAUUGUGUGCUGCUGCUGUUCCAGCGCAGGCUGAACUCGGUCCGUGUUGACCCCGAGAGAAGCAGUGUCACGCCGUCCUGGCAGGAGUCGCUCAAGCUCAUGACGGCCGGGAACUUCCUGGGCAGCCUUCAGCAAUUCCCCAAAGACACCAUCAACGAGGAGGUGGUGGAGCUCCUCCACCCAUACUUCGAUAUGGCCGACUACAACAUCGAGACGGCCAGGCGGGUGUGUGGCAACGUGGCGGGUCUGUGCUCCUGGACCAAGGCUAUGGCUGCCUUCUUUGCCAUCAACAAGGAAGUGCUGCCCCUGAAGGCCAACCUGGCUGUGCAAGAGAACAGGUUGACCAUGGCAAAUGCAGACCUGCAAAAGGCCCAGGCUGAGCUGGACGACAAGCAGGCCGAACUGGAAGUGGUUCAGGCGGAGUACGAGAAGGCCAUGGUGGAGAAGCAGACGCUGCUCCAAGUAUGCGGAGCGUUGCAGCACAAAAUGCAGACGGCAUCCGGUCUGAUCAGUGGACUGGCGGGAGAGAAGGCGCGUUGGACAGAGCAGAGCCGCGAGUUCGCCACCCAGACCAAGAGGCUCGUCGGGGACGUGCUGCUGGCCACCGCCUUCCUGUCAUACUCCGGCCCCUUCAACCAGGAAUUCCGUGACCUUCUGCUCUCUGAUUGGCAGCGGGAGAUGCGGGCCCGUGCCAUUCCCUUCGGGACGGCCCUGAACCUUGCCGACAUGCUGAUCGACACGGCCACGGUGAGCGAGUGGACCCUGCAGGGGCUGCCUAACGACGACCUGUCCAUCCAGAACGGCAUAAUCGUGACCAAGGCUGCCCGUUUCCCUCUGCUCAUCGACCCCCAGACGCAGGGCAAGACCUGGAUCAAGAACAAAGAGGCUAAGAGUGAACUACAGAUCACGUCACUGAAUCACAAGUACUUCAGGAACCACCUGGAAGACAGCCUGUCUCUAGGUCGCCCCUUACUGAUCGAGGACAUAGGGGAGGAGCUGGAUCCAGCGCUGGAUAACGUCCUGGAGAAGAACUUCAUCAAGACCGGCUCUACAUAUAAGGUGAAGGUGGGCGAUAAGGAGGUGGACGUCAUGAAGGGUUUCCGGCUGUACAUGACCACCAAGCUGCCCAACCCGGCGUACACCCCGGAGGUCAGCGCUCGCACAGCCAUCAUCGACUUCACCGUCACCAUGCGCGGCCUGGAGGACCAGCUGCUGGGUAGGGUCAUCCUCACGGAGAAACAGGAGCUGGAGAAGGAGCGUACGGACCUGCUGGAGGACGUGACGGCCAACAAGCGGCGGAUGAAGGAGCUGGAGGACAGCCUGCUGCUCCGGCUGACCAGCACGCGGGGCUCGCUGGUGGACGACGACACUCUGGUCGUGGUGCUCGGCAACACCAAGCACACUGCCGAGGAGGUCACGCAGAAGCUCCAGAUCGCCGCGGAGACUGAGGUCCAGAUCAACACCGCGCGGGAGGAGUACAGACCCGUGGCUACCAGAGGCAGUAUCCUGUACUUCCUGAUCACGGAGAUGAGCAUGGUGAAUGUGAUGUAUCAGACGUCCCUGCGGCAGUUCCUCGGCCUGUUCGACGUGUCCCUGGCCAGGUCUUCGAAGAAUCCAAUUACAAGUAAACGCAUCAGCAACAUCAUCGAGUACAUGACGCACGAGGUGCACCGGUGCACAGCGCGGGGCCUGUACGAAGAGCACAAGUUCCUGUUCACACUCCUGCUCGCGCUCAAGAUUGACCUUCAGAGCGGCCGGGUCAAGCACGAGGAGUUCCUGACCCUCAUUAAAGGAGGUGCUUCGCUGGACCUGAAAGCCUGCCCACCCAAAGUGGCAAAGUGGAUUUUGGACAUGACGUGGCUCAACCUGGUCGAGCUCAGCAAACUGUGGCAGUUCUCCAACAUACUGGAUCAGAUUGCCCGCCAUGAGAAGCAGUGGAAGAGCUGGUUUGAUAAGGAGGCCCCAGAGGCAGAGGUGGUCCCAAACGCCUAUGACCAGUCCCUGGACUGCUUCCGACGCCUGCUCCUUAUCCGCUCCUGGUGCCCGGACAGAACCAUCGCUCAGGCACGUAAGUACAUAAAGGACUCUAUGGGAGAGAGAUACACAGAGGGCGUGAUUUUGGACCUUGAGAGGAUGUGGGAGGAGUCAGACCCACGCACACCCCUCAUCUGCUUCCUGUCCAUGGGCUCGGACCCCACUGACUCCAUCAUUGCCCUGGGCAAGAGGCAGAAGAUUGAGACGCGCUACGUCUCCAUGGGCCAAGGACAGGAGGUGCAUGCCCGCAAACUCCUGCAACACUCCAUGGCGAACGGCGGCUGGGCUCUGCUCCAGAACUGUCAUCUGGGGCUGGACUUCUUGGACGAGCUGAUGGACACCGUGACGGAGACGGACAGCGUCCACGAGAGCUUCCGCCUGUGGAUGACCACCGAGGUGCACCGGCACUUCCCCAUCGCGCUGCUGCAGAUGGCCAUCAAGUUCACCAAUGAACCGCCGCAGGGCUUGAAGGCGGGCCUCAAGAGGACCUAUAGCGCUAUCAGCCAGGACCUGCUAGACGUGAGCAACAUGGCUCAGUGGCGGCCGAUGCUCUACGCCGUGGCCUUCCUUCACUCCACCGUGCAGGAGAGGCGCAAGUACGGCCCCCUGGGCUGGAACAUCCCCUACGAGUUCAACCAGGCCGACUUCAACGCCGCCGUACAGUUCGUGCAGAACCACCUGGAUGACAUGGACAUCAAACGAGGCGUGUCCUGGAGCACCGUGCGCUACAUGAUCGGCGAGAUCCAGUACGGCGGCCGCGUGACGGACGACUACGACAAGCGCCUGCUCAACACCUUCGCCAAGGUGUGGUUCGGCGAGGGCAUGUUCGCGUCUGAAUUCCACUUCUACAAGGGCUACGGCAUCCCCCGCUGCGGCAACGUGGAGCAGUACCUGCAGCACAUACAGGCGCUGCCGGCCUACGACACUCCGGAAGUGUUCGGCCUCCACCCGAAUGCGGAUAUCACCUACCAGAGCAAGCUGGCCAAGGACGUCCUGGACACCAUCCUCGGGAUCCAGCCCAAGGACAGCUCAGGGGGCGCCGGGGAGACGCGGGAAGCCCUGGUGGCUCGUCUCGCUGACGACAUGCUGGAGAAGUUGCCCCCCGACUACGUGCCGUUUGAGGUGAGAGAGAGGCUACUGAAAGCGGGAGUCCUGCAGCCAAUGAGCAUCUUCCUGAAGCAGGAGCUGGAGCGCAUGCAGCGGGUGCUGGCCCUGGUGAGGAGCACCCUCACCGACCUGAAGCUGGCCAUCGACGGCACCAUCGUCAUGAGCGAGAACCUGCGGGACGCGCUCCACUGCAUGUACGACGCGCGCAUCCCUGCCCGCUGGAAAAAGGCCUCGUGGGCCUCCAGUACUCUGGGCUUCUGGUUCACUGAGCUCUUGGAGCGGAACCGGCAGUUUCAGGCAUGGAUCUUCGAGGGACGACCUAACUGCUUCUGGAUGACGGGCUUCUUCAACCCACAAGGUUUCCUGACAGCCAUGAGACAGGAGAUAACCCGAGCCACAAAGGGCUGGGCUCUGGACCGCAUGGUCCUGUGUAGCGAGGUGACGAGGUGGAUGAAGGACGAUGUCGCCCACCCGCCCCAGGAGGGCGUGUACGUGUACGGCCUGUACCUGGAGGGCGCCGGCUGGGACCGGCGAAACUGUCGCCUCGUAGACUCCAAGCCCAAGGUCUUGUUCGAGCCGAUGCCCGUACUCAGGCUGUACGCCGAGAACAACGGCGCGAAGGACUCGCGCGUGUACUCCUGCCCUAUUUAUAAGAAACCCGUGCGGACGGAUCUGAACUGGAUCGCGGCCGUGGACCUGAGGACGAAUCACCCCCCCGAGUACUGGGUACUGCGCGGUGUCGCUCUCUUGUGCGAUGCGAAAUGAGAGGCUUUUUGUUAACUCUUGCUGCAAAAUGAUUUUGUACAGAUCGCAAGCUUUCAUAAUUAGCUAAAUAAAAACUCAAAUAAAUGCUUAAAAACA